CAAACCGGGGAUCACAUGAGCAGAGAUCUGUUUACAAACUGAAGCUGGGAGGCUGAGGCAUUGAGAAACACAGCAGCUAACACUCUGGGACAACGAUAGCCUUGCUUGAGACACACACACACACACACGUAGAUAAUGCUCCACCCUACACCCAUUCCAGAUAGAGGAAGGAAUUCUGGAUGAAAUGUUAUCAGCCAUUGUAGGUUUUUUUCUCUCUCUCUUCAAGGACUGAGGAACCAGAUGGUUUGAGGUGGCAAGAAAAACACUCCCCCAUACAGGCUGCAUAUACAGUCAUACAUGCAACCACAAGGUCUACCUGUAGACAGAUCAUUCUCCGCUUGAGGGUUUGUAUGUACGUAUGUAUGGGUAUGUCUUAGUUGUUCUUUUCUUCUUCUUCCUUUUGGAGGGGCCCUGCGUAAGGAAUACCUUUGACGAAUCAGCCAUUUUUCCAAAGAGACAAAGAGGAGGACUUUCCCAGGAGAAGAAGAAGAAUGACAUCAGAUGGACAAAGCUUGUCAAAAUCUAUCAAGAGGUCAUUCAGGAGCAAGACCAUUUUGCAGGAUGUGUCUUUAUAGAUGAAGUGUUGCCUCAAUCCGGAUCUUUUCUUUUUGUUUUUGUGUGUGUGUGUCCCUCCUCCUCCUCCUCCUCCAACACUUCUUGAAGGAUCACAAGACCUUGUAUGAGACUCUUUUAAGCUUAUAUGAUUAUAUGAACUUCUUUUGUGUGCCAUACUGAACGUGGUGUGAGAUUUUCUUCAGUCUGUGUCACUUUAACACUCCAAAUCGAGUCAUUCUCCAAACACAGGAAACGUGUAUCAAGGACACGACAUGAUCCCUUUGUCUUUGUGGAGGCGCACAGGCGAAUUCUUUUGUGUGGAGAUUAUCGACGACAGCCAACGAUGACGACAAAAAACAAAUAAUUACCACAGAAAAAUUCAGGUCUCCUCUACGAGUUUCUAGACCAGCGACUCGGAAACUCGGAGAUUUAACUCAAACGUACACGGAGUCCUGACUAACAAAACAAAACAAAACAAAACAAAAACAAUACCAGUAUCACGAAAUCCGUGAAAGUCUCAGUUGAGAGGCGCUUUCGCUUCAGUCUGAGUUCCGUGUCAGAUUACAUGCAGCCAUUCCAAUGGUGUAACGGCUGCCUUUGUGGAGUAGGACUGCAGCGUUCACACUGCGAUAUGUCGUCGGAAGAUCUGUACCAUUUGCCGCUCAACGUCUAUGUCAUCGUGCUGGGCAUUGGCUUAUUCAUCUUUAUGCUCAGUGUCAUCUUCUGUUGCUACUUGUUCAGGUUGAAGCAACAAGACACAAGACAACAAUACAGCUACAAUGAGGUGGUGCUGAAAGGGGCAGGGAAGAAGCUGAGCCUACUUGGAGUACGUGUGCAAGCUCUCAUUUGCAACCGUGUGCAGUCUGUCUGGAGGAAUUUAAAGCCCGGGAUGAGCUGGGCGUGUGUCCAUGCUCGCACACCUUCCAUAAGAAGUGCCUGUUGAAAUGGCUGGAGAUUCGCAGUGUUUGCCCCAUGUGCAACAAGCCCAUCAUACGACUGCACAACACACCCCGUGGAACAGAGGGGCCACAAGACCCUGAGGAGGUGUGAUCCUAUACACAUAAAAAAAAUAAAAAUAAAAA